AUGGACGCCUUAUCACAGAGUCAAGUCGACCGCUUCUGCUAUCAAUAUCUCCAACUUGAGCAGGCCUUGACUUAUCCCGAGCCUCAACACCUCCGAUGCUCCGAUGUUCAAGAUGCCAUCUAUGAGAGGCUGUUUGCCGAUGGCGCUCUUUCUGCUGGCCCUCCGCCGCUCCGAUAUCAAGUGAGAGUGCUCAAAGAGCUUGUCUCCCGCGUUGAGGCAAGUAUUGAGGACUGGGAUGAGCAUGGAGUCUCCGAUGGUCUCAUGUCCUCCCUCUCAGUGUUGCUAUCCACACCAGCCCCGGAUGAGGCCGAUGCCGUGCAGCAAAAGUGUCAUGUCGUCUACCAUGUCGCAUCAUUACCGGAUCACGAGGCUCACAUUACCUUGUUUGAGAAUCGGUCUCUCAUCUCUGCCGCUGGAACUACUGGACUGAGGACCUGGGAAGCGGCACUUCACCUUGGACAGCUUCUUUGCCAGGACUCCAGCAUUGUUUCCGGGAAACGAAUCUUGGAACUCGGGACGGGCACUGGAUAUCUUUCCAUCUUAUGCGCAAAGUACUUGAAUUCAACACACAUCAUAGCAUCGGAUGGGUCAGACGAUGUCAUCAACAACCUCCCCGAGAAUUUCUUUCUGAAUCAACUCGAAGGCUCAAGUGCCAUAACGCCCAUGGAUCUCAAGUGGGGAUAUGCACUCAAGGGAACCGAAGAAGAGCGGUGGAACGGCGGCCGUCCCUUGGACCUUGUCCUCGGAGCUGAUAUUACGUACGACUCGAGCAUCAUCCCCGACCUUGUCAGUACGCUACUGGAGCUAUUUGAACUGUAUCCUCAUGUUGAGGUCAUUAUUGCGGCAACUCAGCGAAACCUGCAGACGUUCCAAGUGUUUUUAGAAAAGUGUGAGGAAGAGAAGCUAAAGGUGGAAGAUGUCUCAUUCGAGAUACCGUCGCGUGACCAACAACAAGGCCCAUUCUACAACGACCAGGUUGCCAUUAGAAUUUGCAAAGUGUCUAAGCUCUGA